AACCAAGCCUGGACACACAACUUUAAGUUUUCAACUGUCACUCACCAUUGACCUACUUAUGAGCGAGACACUCUUUUGAGUGCUAGCUAAAAAUAGUUGGUGUUUUUUCCUUCUGAUUAGCUGCCACUUAGAUGUCACUACUGUCGCCAUUGUUUCUACAGUGGCUUGAUGUCAACUCCUAUAUGUUUACAAAUCAACCAAGGCAAAGAUCAAAACAACUUCUUAGAAAAAAGCUGCUAUAUUUGUUAUUUUGUUAUCGGCUCCUAUGUCUUUCAAUGUAAAAUGGCGAAUAUUUUCUGGGUGUUUACCGUGUUUGUUCUUGUUGGAGCCCAGCUAGAAAAGAAAUGUUUACAAAAUGAUAUUAGAGGCUGCAACAACUUUUCUUUGUUACAAGGAGCAGAAUUUCACGCAUUUUUCGACAAGGCAACGUAUUCUGAAAAAUGCAGAGCUCUUCAGUCUGUUUUGAAAUGUGUCCAAGAUGCUCAAACGUCAUGUGAACCUAAACUACGGCUGCCUUUUGAUAUUCAGAGGACUGUCAUUGAGGCCGUAUGUCAGACCAGAAGCCAAGAAUAUAAAGAAAGUAUGGCCUGCUAUUCAAAACCAAGACUCAAAUACGACAUUGAAUCCAAGUGUCUAACAAUGCUAAGCAGCAGAGGCUCGAGCUGUGCGACAUUCAACGAAACACUGAAGUGUGUUAAAGUCGCUGUAACCAUGACUGAUGGAUGUACUGCUAGAGAUGCCACGUUAAUGGAAGAUUUGGCCAGGCUCUAUGUAAAGCCUUGGGUGGACUUCCUCAACUGUUCAACAUCUAAAACAACGUCAAAAGUCUUACGAACGACAUCAAAUGUUUUGAGAACAUGGACACCAAUAAGAAAAACAAACAGUUCUUGGAGAUCUACGACGCUCAAUACUCAGCAAAGUAACAAAGCUCACAGAAAUUCAUCGCUGGAAAUAAAAGUUGUCACCAUCACUGACUCAAGCCCUGCAAUAAAAGUUGUCACCACCACUGACUCAAGCCCUGCAAUAAAAGUUGUCACCAUCACUGACUCAAGCCCUGCAAUAAAAGUUGUCACCGUCACGGACUCAAGCCCUGCAAUAAAAGUUGUCACCAUCACUGACUCAAACCCUGCAACAAGUACCACACACUCUUCUUCUCAGACUCAAAGAGUUGACUCAUUCUACCCGCAAGAGACGACCAGCUCUGGACCAAAACAUUUAAGUCUUUUGUCCGAUGUGAAAUAUAGUGCAGUGACCAACCAAGGGCGCAAUAUUGCAUCGAAUCUUUACUGUAACAAACUCAGCUUAUAUGUGAUAUGCUUAAUGUUGAUUUUGUUUAAUUAGUCUAAUUUCGUAAAAGAGAAAUGAAGAUUGUUUUUUUUUUAUCUUCUGACUGAUCAUCAACAUUAUCAGUCCCUUUACUAUAAGGGUGUCGUGACAGUUCGCGUAACCAAUUCGCUCCUUCACUCUUCCCGGCAAGCAGCUGUCGAAUGUCAAGUUGUCCAGACGACAUUUUUUUUUCUCGCUAUGCCUUGCAGGAUGAUUGUUUACAAAAUGAUGGAAUCAGCUCAGCUUUCAUCUCUUCACAGCAUUGAGAAGUUUCUCCUUUUUGCCAGCCAGAGUGUUGACUUAUUACAGUACAAACUCACUUGUUUACUUUUUCUGAUAUCUGAUACUUAGCAGUUUUAUGUUUCUCUGACAUCCAAAAUAUUUAAUUCUUUUUUUUUCAGAGUCUAGCUUUCACAAACAUAUAGAGGUGCAGAAAACACCUGAGAAAAAAAAUUGAAAUUUAGUUUUAAUUUAACCUGGAAGCUAAAGAACCCUACCAGAUAAUAUAGUCUCGUUCUGAUAAGCUAGCCUUUAUUCAGUUUUCGUUUCUUUUAAAUGGAUGUUCAUUUUAAGGAUUCAGUAGUUAGGAUAGUACACAUAGUCUAGUGCACAUAGUCUAGUGCACAUAGUCUAGUACACAUAGUCUAGUACACAUAGUCUAGUGCACAUAGUCUAGUGCACAUAGUCUAGUACACAUAGUCUAGUACACAUAGUCUAGUACACAUAGUCUAGUGCACAUAGUCUAGUGCACAUUGUCUUCUUUGAAAAUUUCACAAAGGUUUUUGAUUGUCAAAAGAUUUUUUGUUCCAUUUUCUGAAACUAGCCGAGACAAUGAAAUAGUCGCAGAUAAAGCAAUCAAAAGGUUAUUUGAAUAUAUUAACCCCUUUUUACCCAUCUUGUGUCAACUGUAAAGCCACCUCAUUGACUGUAUCCUUCCACCUAAAUAAAAAGAUGCAUGCAUUUAUAAUAGCGACAGACCCUGCAACGACAGACCCUGCAACGACAGACCCUGCAACGACAGACCCUGCAACGACAGACCCUGCAACGACAGACCCUGUAGCAAUCAUGUCGUUAUUUAAUAAGAAGGUCUUCAACUGAUUUCUUUUCUCUCUACGACAGUUUAUCCUUCUAUAUCCAUCUACCUCACUUCCUGCAAACUAAAGUACUUAAUUCUUACCAAACGAAAUGCUCACAAAAAUGUAUUAACUUAUGCAUUAAAAAUAAAAAUGAUUACAUCCGGGCUAGAGCGAGCCUAGUUCGUAGACUCCUGUAUGUCCUUAUACACGCAUGUUUGACUUUCUGAAAGAAGAUUAGGUCCACGCUAAAAAUAAAAAGUAAAAUCAGAAUGCUCAACUUCACCGCUUAGGCUCAGUCAUGUUGUUGCUUGUCUAUAGCCUUUGAAUGAUACUCAUGUGUAAAAUGUAUACAAUGAACAUAUAUUUCGAGGGCAUUGUUAAGGGCAUUUUGUGCGUGUCUGACCAGACACGUGAUACAUUUCCUGCUAUACAUAUCAUGACGUAAUACCACCAAUGUAUAACCACAUCUUCGUUCUCUUUAGUGUACUGUCUAACAAGUGAUGAGACAAUAACGACAAAAUAACCCUAUGAGAUCAUAUACACUAAAUGCCUCUUUGUUUUAUAUUAGGUUGUUAAUUUGAUUCUACAAUGCUAAAAAAGUGGGCAUAUAAAUAUUAGAUUGUUGUAAAGAUUCAUUGUUGAUACAUAUUCUGUACAGCGGAUACAACCUAAAAAAAAACAACACUUGCUCAUUAUUUAAUUAUCUCCAUUUUACGAAAAUCCCCAUUUCAAAUGAUGAGCAGUGUAAAAAGUUAUAUCUCGAUUAUUCACAUGAUCACAAUAUAUAGGUCGGUAUACUUUUAGGGUACAGGAUUGAAGCAUUAGUAAAAGUUAUCUUUUGGGAACAUGCAAAGAGAGAUAAUUUUAGAUGUUGAAUAAAAUAAUCAUAAUAUCUAAGUUAUUCUUCAUUAUUCUUCAUAUUGUUCGACUAGGCAAUAGGGCAGCUAUAUUUAUUUGAUACAAAAAUAUUUUUAUACUUUGUAUAAUGCUUGUAUAUUUUAUAGUUUUAGAAUCUAUCACCAAUUGAUAAAUAAAAUUCUGCUUUAUUAAAUAUUAUAUAAUAAAUAAUAUUUUAUUAAAUAAAUGCAAAAUAAACCA